AUGCCAGUCGACGCUGACGAAAUAUAUGAUGCCGCUGGAGUUUGCAUUGGCGUCAUCGCCAUAAUCAUACUCAUAUACUGGAUCUCUUACUGCAAGCGGAGACAAUCUCCGGUUGACCCGUCGGACCAUGACGAGGGCUCCGCAACCAUAGAACAAGGGCUUGAUGAAGCUACAAUAUGCAGCUACCCGAAACUGCCCUACUCCGAGGCCAAGCUUCAAAUGGUUGGUUCAGUUUCAGCGCCUUCUUGCUGUUGCAUAUGCUUGGCAGAUUUUGAUGACACAGAUACAUUGAGAUGUGUGCCUAACUGUGGCCAUUUUUUUCACCAAAUUUGUGUGGAUAAAUGGUUGCAGCUCCACCCUUCUUGCCCGAUUUGCAGAACGUCGCCUCUGGAUCCAUCUGUGGGAUCGAUGAAUACUUCUGAGGUGUAA